AUUAUAUAGAAGACUUAGCUCAACCUUACCUGCUCAAGGUGGGGGUCAAUGAGAUAAAAGCAAAGAAAGCUCAUUGGAAAAGCUAAAAGAUUUUAAAGCCCGAAAGAAAGCUGAUUUUUACAAAGCAAACUGCUUUACCUCUCAUCAUCUCUCCUCUCUCCUCUCUAAGAUUAAUAUAUUGAAGCAACCAACUAUACCAACUUAACCAUCUGUACAGAAUAAAAAGGAUUCUUGAAAGAUUAGGAGCUUCUUGUAAGACAUAUUCAGCAAAACCCACUACAUAAAUCUACCCAUAUGUUCGACAACCAUCUCCACCACCAUCACUUCACUGCAACUCAUGGCCCAGGUCCGGGCCCUUCUUCCUCUUCCGAUCUCUUCUCUUCCCCAGAUAAUGGCCUUCCUAGCAAAAGGAAAAGGCGUCCUGCUGGAACUCCAGAUCCAGAUGCGGAAGUGGUGUCCUUGUCUCCGAAGAUCUUACUUGAGUCAGACCAAUACGUGUGUGAGAUCUGUAACCAAGGCUUCCAGAGAGAUCAGAAUCUUCAGAUGCACCGGAGGCGUCACAAGGUGCCAUGGAAGUUGUUGAAAAGGGAUUCACCGGAGGUGAAGAAAAGGGUUUUCGUGUGCCCUGAACCCAGCUGUUUACACCAUGACCCUUGCCACGCGCUUGGAGAUCUCGUCGGGAUCAAAAAGCACUUUCGGAGGAAACACAGCAAUAAUAAGCAGUGGGUUUGUGAGAAGUGCUCAAAAGGUUACGCUGUACAAUCUGAUUAUAAAGCUCAUCUUAAAACAUGUGGAACAAGAGGCCAUUCUUGUGACUGUGGUCGAGUUUUUUCCAGAGUUGAGAGUUUCAUAGAGCACCAAGAUGCCUGUACUAUCCGGCGAAUCCAUUCAGACUUGCCAACAUUUCAGCCGGCAUGUUCAUCUCGUACAGCAUCAAGUACAAGUCCAUCGAAUGACAAGAUUCUCACCUCCAUUCCAACAAUGCCAAGAUCACACCAUCGUCAACUUCCUCCGCAAACCGUAUUCUCACAAACCCAAGAAGACAUACAAAAACAACUUGGAACUUCAGCUCCUACCAUCACUAUCACUCUACGAACAAAACAACAAUAA